AUGUUGCCAAUGGCAAGGCCCGCCGUUUCUGGCGCUCUGUGUGCGGUGCGCCCCCGUUUCGCACUUUCUCUUCCCCGUGCUCAGCCCUUGGCGGCUCUUUCGACUUCUUCGAUCAAAUCCGCGACUGCACUCGAGCGUCAAACACCAACAAGCCAAUUGACCGCGUCAGGCAAGGUCCGGACGGAAGUGCCUCUACCCAGCCAGGAGAAGAAAGAGGGUGCUAUGCAAUAUGUCUUGACCACCCUCGAUCAAGUUGCCAACUGGGCCCGUCAGAGCUCUUUGUGGCCUAUGACCUUCGGUCUUGCAUGCUGUGCCGUGGAGAUGAUGCACCUUUCGACUCCCCGCUAUGAUCAGGAUCGUCUUGGUAUUAUUUUCCGAGCUUCUCCGCGACAGUCUGAUGUCAUGAUUGUUGCUGGUACAUUGACGAACAAGAUGGCUCCUGCCCUGCGCCAGGUUUACGAUCAAAUGCCCGACCCCCGCUGGGUUAUCAGCAUGGGUAGUUGUGCCAACGGUGGUGGCUACUACCACUACAGUUACUCAGUCGUACGAGGCUGUGACCGGGUUGUGCCGGUUGAUGUCUACGUACCUGGAUGUCCUCCCACCUCUGAGGCAUUGAUGUACGGUAUCUUCCAGCUGCAGAAGAAGAUGAGACAUACCAGAAUCACACGCAUGUGGUACCGCCGUUAA